AUGUUUGUCAUAUAUGACUGCAGAUCCCCUGACUUCCAUGAUGAGAUAAAGAUAAAGUUGCCUGCUUCGCUGUCAGACCACCACCACAUUCUCUUCACGUUUUACCAUGUUAGCUGCCAGCAGAAGCAGAACACACCACUAGAGACCCCUGUGGGGUACACGUGGAUCCCAAUGUUACAGAAUGGUCGCCUGAGAACGGGACACUUUUGCUUGCCUGUAUCCCUUGAGAAACCACCACAGUCAUACUCAGUUCUCUCUCCAGAUGUCCCUCUUCCAGGAAUGAAGUGGGUAGACAACCAUCGAGGUGUAUUUAAUGUGGAGCUGGUGGCUGUUUCCACUAUCCACACACAGGACCAGUACCUGGAUAAGUUUUUCGCCUUGGUGCAUGCCCUGGAUGAGCAUGUGUUUCCGGUCAGGAUUGGAGAUAUGCGCAUCAUGGAAAACAAUCUUGAGACUGAGCUGAAGUCCAGCAUCGCCGCGCUAAACUCGGCACAGCUGGAGCCGGUGGUUCGAUUCCUUCACCUUCUACUUGACAAGUUGGUGUUGCUCGUAGUUCGACCGCCAGUCAUCGCUGGACAGAUUGUGAAUCUAGGUCAGGCAUCCUUUGAGGUGAUGGCAUCUGUUGUGAACCGGCUUCACAAGUAUCUGGACACCAGCCAGGACAUGCACGGUCGCAACAGCUUGCUGUCCUCUUACAUCCACUAUGUCUUCCGCUUACCCAGCACUGAUCCCAACUCACCAUCACCAGGUCCUGGGGGGUUGGGAGGUUCAGUUCACUAUGCCACCAUGGCUCGCUCGGCGGUCAGACCAGCCAGCCUUAACCUCAGUCGCUCCCGCAGCCUGAGCAACAGUAACCCUGACAUUUCCGGUACGCCCACAUCUCCCGAUGACGAGGUUCGCUCUAUAAUUGGAAGCAAGGGCUUAGACCGCUCCAACUCGUGGGUGCACACCAUGGGCUGUAGUGCCCCCUGGGGAUCCAGCCCUGGGUCCGCUCCAGAAACCAUGCAGGCCAUGGAGCGCUGUGGCAAUCGCAUGUCUUCGCACACUGAGAGCGCCAGUUUCUUGCAAACUUUAACAGGACGGUUACCCACUAAAAAGCUUUUUCACGAGGAAUUGGCCCUACAGUGGGUGGUGAGCAGUGGGAGUGUUCGGGAGGGAGCUCUGCAACAGGCCUGGUUUUUCUUUGAGCUAAUGGUAAAGAGCAUUAUCCACCACCUUUACUUCACUGAGCGCUUGGAGUCACCAAGGAAAAACCGAUUUCCUGAGCGCUUUAUGGAUGACAUUACAGCGCUGGUCAGCACGAUUGCUGGAGACAUUGUUUCUCGUUUCCAGAAGGAUCUGGAGUUGGUGGAGAGGAUUAACACAAGUCUGGCUUUCUUCCUCAAUGAUCUGCUGUCAGUCAUGGACCGAGGCUUUGUCUUCACAUUAAUCAAGACAUAUUGGAAACAGGUUUCGACAAAGCUUUACGCAUUGCAGAACCCAACUUUGGAGUCUUUACGGCUUGAUUUUCUACGAAUAGUUUGCAGUCAUGAACACUACGUCACCCUGAAUCUGCCCUGCAGUCUGCUAACUCCACCUGCUUCGCCUUCUCCAUCAGUAUCCUCAGCAACCUCACAGAGCUCUGGGUUUUCCACUCACGUCCAGGACCAAAAAAUAGCCAACAUGUUUGAGCUUUCCAUCCCAUUCCGAGAGCAGCAUUAUCUUGCUGGGCUUGUGCUGUCUGAGCUGUCUGUAUUACUGGACCCAGAUAAUGAAGGAAUGUUUGGUCUACAUAAGAAGGUGGUAAGCGUUGUUCACAACCUCUUGUCGAGCCAUGACUCUGACCCUCGUUAUGCUGACCCGGAGGUCAAGGCUCGGGUCGCCAUGCUCUACCUGCCUCUUAUUGGGAUUGUUAUGGAGACCCUGCCGCAGCUUCAUGACUUCACAGAAUCCCAUAAUCAGUGGGGGCGUCCCGGAUGUCCCCAAGGUACAGCUGUGGGUAGUGGAGGAGAAGAGACAGAAGGAGAGGGUAACAGUAUGAUUAGUCAGACUGUUGCCAUGGCGAUAGCUGGUACCUCAACUGCAUCUCCAAUGUCCCGACCAAGUAGCUUUUUGCUAAACACGCAGACGGGUCGCCAGCAUGGGAGCUUCUCUGCCGAGUCGAGUCGCAGUCUGCUGAUCUGUCUGCUUUGGGUUUUGAAGAACGCUGAUGAGCUGGUGCUGCAGAAAUGGUUUACUGACCUGUCUGUGUCUCAGCUCAACCGUCUGCUGGAUCUCCUCUACCUCUGCGUGUCCUGCUUUGAAUAUAAGGGAAAAAAGGCGUUUGAGCGCAUGAACAGCUUGACUUUUAAGAAGUCCAAAGACAUGAAGGCCAAGCUUGAGGAGGCCAUACUGGGCAGCAUUGGCGCGAGGCAGGAAAUGGUGCGCCGCAGCCGGGGGCAGCUGGAGCGGAGUCCAUCUGGCAGUGCUUUUGGCAGUCAGGAAAACCUCAGAUGGAGGAAGGACAUGACCCACUGGAGACAAAACAGUGAAAGGAUGGACAAGAGUCACAGAUCAGUCAGGACACGAGCAGAGCUGGAACAUGAAGCACUUAUAGAUGGGAACCUUGCAACAGAGGCCAACUUAAUCAUUCUUGAUACUUUGGAGAUCAUUGUGCAGACAGCCUCAGUGACAGAAUCUAAGGAGAGUAUCCUGGGUGGGGUGCUAAAGGUGCUGCUUCACAGCAUGGCCUGCAACCAGAGCGCCCUCUACCUGCAGCACUGCUUUGCCACACAAAGGGCCCUGGUUUCCAAGUUUCCAGAGUUGCUGUUUGAGGAGGAAACAGAGCAGUGUGCCGAUCUUUGUUUGCGACUCUUAAGAAGCUGCAGCAGUAGCAUAAGUACCAUCAGGUCCCACGCCAGUGCCUCACUCUACCUUCUCAUGAGGCAAAACUUCGAGAUUGGUAACAAUUUUGCAAGGGUGAAAAUGCAAGUGACCAUGUCUCUGUCGUCGCUGGUGGGAACGUCGCAGAACUUCAAUGAGGAGUUUCUCCGUCGCUCAUUGAAAACCAUCCUCACCUAUGCAGAGGAAGACCUAGAACUCAGAGAGACCACUUUCCCAGAUCAGGUCCAAGAUCUCGUGUUUAAUCUGCACAUGAUCCUAUCUGACACGGUGAAGAUGAAGGAACACCAAGAAGAUCCUGAGAUGCUGGUAGAUCUCAUGUAUAGGAUUGCAAAGGGAUACCAGACAUCUCCAGACCUGCGUCUGACCUGGCUUCAGAACAUGGCCGGCAAACACUCAGAAAGGAAUAACCACGCUGAGGCUGCUCAGUGUUUGGUGCACAGCGCUGCUUUGGUAGCAGAAUACCUGAGCAUGCUGGAGGACCGCAAGUACCUUCCUGUAGGCUGUGUCACCUUCCAGAACAUUUCUUCAAAUGUGCUGGAGGAAUCAGCUGUCUCUGAUGAUGUGGUGUCACCAGAUGAAGAGGGUAUCUGCUCGGGAAAAUAUUUCACUGAAAUUGGUCUAGUUGGCCUCUUGGAACAGGCAGCUGCCUCUUUUUCCAUGGCUGGAAUGUAUGAGGCGGUGAAUGAAGUGUACAAGGUACUAAUCCCAAUCCAUGAAGCAAACAGAGACGCUAAGAAGCUAGCCACCAUCCAUGGUAAACUACAGGAGGCCUUUAGCAAAAUUGUCCAUCAGAGUACUGGCUGGGAGGAUGGGAAGAGGAUGUUUGGUACGUACUUCAGAGUGGGUUUUUAUGGUUCAAAGUUUGGGGACUUGGAUGAGCAGGAGUUUGUCUAUAAAGAGCCAGCCAUCACCAAGCUGGCUGAAAUCUCUCAUAGACUCGAGAACUUCUAUGGGGAGCGAUUUGGAGAGGAACAAGUCGAAGUCAUCAAGGACUCCAACCCAGUAGAUAAAUGCAAACUUGACCCCAAUAAAGCCUUUAUCCAGAUCACAUACGUGGAGCCAUAUUUCGACACGUACGAAAUGAAAGACCGCAUCACCUACUUCGAUAAGAACUACAACUUGAGACGUUUUGUGUACUGCACUCCCUUCACCCUGGAUGGCCGGGCUCAUGGGGACCUGCAUGAGCAGUUCAAACGCAAGACCAUCCUCACCACAUCGCACGCCUUUCCAUACAUCAAGACCAGGAUCAACAUCAUCCACAAGGAGGAGAUCAUUUCCACACCCAUAGAGGUGGCAAUAGAAGAUAUGCAGAAGAAGACGCAAGAGUUGGCCUUUGCCACCCAUCAGGACCCAGCCGAUGCCAAAAUGUUGCAGAUGGUCCUGCAGGGAUCUGUAGGCACAACUGUUAACCAGGGUCCUUUGGAGGUGGCUCAGGUGUUCCUGUCAGAAAUCCCAAUUGACCCAAAACUAUAUCGACAUCACAACAAGCUCCGCCUGUGCUUUAAGGACUUCACUAAGAGGUGUGAAGACGCCCUCCGAAAGAACAAGAGCCUGAUUGGUCCGGACCAGAAGGAGUACCAAAGGGAGCUAGAGAGGAACUACCACAGACUGAAGGAGGCGCUGCAGCCCCUCAUCAACAGGAAGAUCCCCCAGCUUUAUAAACCAGUCCUGCAGGUCAACUCGCACAGAGAUUCCUUCAGCAGACUCAGUCUUCGCAAGCUUGAUAUUUGAAGAUGAAGAGAAUGCACUCAGUCAUGGAAGAGAAGUUACUAAAUUAAUUUAUUUUGAAGUGUAAAUAGGAGUGUCUAAAGGUGGUGUUUUGAAAAGGGUGAGGGAGAACGGGAAGGAGUUGCAGCUUGGUACAUCAUUCCAGUGUCUUAAUUUGUUUCUAGACAAGCGGUUAAACGCAACCAGCAAAGUCAACGAGGAUUUUGCUGUAUGUUUCUGUAGGGAUGUUUUUCCCUUAGCUAUCUUAAAUAAAUAAUCUAAACACUUGAUACCAACAGAAGCGUCAAGCUGUAAACCAGUGAAUCGUGCUCUGAGCCCUGGAUAAGUGCCAAACCCCUCCCCUUUUUACAGCCAAAAUUUUUACAAGUGUCCACAGAAAAAGGUACCACUUUAAAAGUUGAGGUUUAUUUAAUUCUGUACGAUGUCUCCCAAAAAAAAAAAAAAAACUGUAUUUAAUUUCAUUUGUGCACUUUUUUUAUUAUUAUGGCGUAGCAAUGCAUUGAUGACUUGAAAGUUUAUGUAUUGGAAUAUGUGGAGGAGCAGAAAACAAAAAAACAUGGAAAAAGUCGUACCAGUAUUUAUCAUGACGCUUUAUUAUUUUAUGUUAAAGCAACAAUAUUUUAAACUUCGGUACUUAAAACAUACUUGUAUAAUUUUAUGUAGU